UUAAGACGCCGAAUAGAACAAGUCAUCAUUGAUCUUUUCACCCACCACUUGGCACAUUCUUAAAACAUAGCCGGCCCCUUCUGCAUCCCCCAAUCUCUAAUAAUACCCCCUUCAAACUUCACCUUCUUCACUUCCUUUCAUUUUUCUCAACACUCUUCCAAGUAAGUAGAGAUGGAUAGAUUAAUAAGAUUAGACCCCUCAAACAUAGUCCCAAUAAGAGUUGAACCAGGUCAAAAAUGUCAAGGCAAGAUCACCUUGAGAAACGUCAUGUACACUAUGCCGGUGGCUUUCAGGCUUCAGCCACUCAUUAGGACUCGUUACGCCGUCAAGCCACAAACCGGUGUCAUAUCACCGUUAGGCACCGUAACGGUUGAGAUUUUCUACUACCUUCCUCCGGGUUCCAAUCUUCCACAUUCGUUCCCUCACACAGAUGAUUCCUUCCUUCUCCACAGCGUCGUCGUCCCCGGCGCAACCAUCAAAGAACCUUCCUCCAUGUACGACGCUGUUCCCACUGACUGGUUCACCACCAAGAAGAAGCAAGUCUUUGUAGAUAGUGGAAUCAAGAUCAUGUUCGUUGGCUCUCAGAUCCUGGCUCAGCUUGUUUCCGAUGGUUCAAUGGACGAAAUCAGAGAGGUACUAGAAAAGAGUGACCCCUCAUGGAAGCCUGUGGAUUCCGUUGAUUCACAAGGACAAUCGUUGCUUCACCUCACGAUUUCGCAACGGCGAGCUGAUCUUGUUCAGCUGCUUCUUGAAUUCGAGCCGGACAUAGAAGCUUCGAGUCGUUCUGGGUCGACCCCACUCGAAGCCGCGUCCUCUUCGGGCGAGGCCUUGAUUGUGGAGCUUCUACUGGCCCACAGGGCCAACCCAGAACGAUCCGAAUCAUCUGUGUUCGGACCGAUUCAUUACGCAGCUAGAGCGGGACACGUGGAGGUUCUAAGGCUUCUCCUUCUCAAAGGUGCGAAGGUGGACGCACUCACAAGAGAUGGCAACACGGCGUUACAUCUCGCCGUGGAAGAGCGAAGAAGGGAUUGCGCUAGGCUCCUUCUGGCAAACGGUGCAAGAACGGACGUUAGAAACACGCGGGAAGGUGACACUCCUUUGCACAUAGCAGCAUCCACGGGUGACGAUCACAUGGUGAAGCUCUUACUGCAAAAAGGCGCGAACAAAGACGUGAGAAAUCUACAGGGCAAGACCGCGUAUGACGUGGCAGCCGAGAACGGACACGCGCGUCUCUUCGACGCGCUUCGGUUGGGUGAUAACUUGUGCGUGGCAGCGAGAAAAGGCGAGGUUAGAACAAUCCAGAAGCUUCUAGAAAGUGGCGCAUCGAUCAAUGGAAGAGAUCAACACGGAUGGACAGCACUUCACAGAGCAUCGUUUAAAGGGAGAAUGGAUGCGGUUCGUGUUUUGGUGGAAAAAGGGAUCGAUGUUGAUGCGAAGGACGAAGAAGGUUACACUGCGUUGCAUUGCGCGGCUGAGUCGGGUCAUGCUGACGUCACGGAGUUUCUGGUGAAGAAAGGUGCUGACGUGGAAGGAAGAACCAGCAAAGGUGUAACUGCUCUGCAAAUAGCGGAGUCGUUACACUAUGUAGGGAUCACAAGGAUUCUUGUUAAUGGAGGCGCUACGAGAGAUAACAAUUUGAAUCAGAUAGCAGCGCCUGCUGUAAUUCCUUUUGGGAAAAACAUGGAAGAUGGAAGUUUGAUGAUGAAGAAGAAAAAGAUCUCUAGGAGCGGAGUGGUACGGGGUAAUAAUAAUAACUUUGAUCGUUCUUCAACGCCUUUGGCUGUGCUCUAAUUAAACUCUAAAGCUAGCUAGCUAUAGCUAUAAGCUCGUUUUGAAAUUGAUUAUAACGAGAAGAAUUAUUAUUGGAGAUGAUUUGAGGCUUUUGGCUGGUGUAAUUCUUAAGUUGUUGAAUGGGAACUGUAGAUUUGUCAACAA